AUGCGUAAUUUUGAUUGCCUUGAACGGCCACUUUCACAACUUUUCUACCGUUAUGGCAGAUUUAUUGCCUUUAAUCCAUUACCUUUAAUAUUUUUUCCUCUUUUCAUCACAAUUUUUGCCAUUUCUGGAUUUAUUUCAUUAAAUUCAAUUACUGACGCUAUUUAUCUUUUUACACCGGCAAAUGCCCUAUCAAAAACUGAAAGACAAAUUAUUCAUGACAAAUGGCCGCUUUUUAAUGGAAGUUAUAUUCCUGGAAGGGCAGUUACACAAUCGAGGGAAAUACAGGUAACUGUGAGCACAAAAGAAUUGGGGAAAAAUAUUUUGACAAUGCCGUAUUCUGAUAUGGUUGUUGCUUUGGACAAACAAAUUCAACAAGAUGUUAAAGUUGAGUAUAAGGGACGUAUAUUUGGAUAUAAGGAUUUGUGUCUCUCUGGCAGAAAUCACGUUUGUCCGGGAAAUAAACAUAUAGGAUUGCUUUCUGGAUUAUUUCAACAUGGAGUAAAUCUGACAUACCCGAUGAUUAAACUUGGAGGAGUUCGUCAUUAUAUCGGUGCAAGUCUUGGUGGUGUUACUGUUGGUUAUGGACAAAAUAAUGAAAUGAUUCUGAGAGGAGCUCAUUCAUGGUUAAUGAUCUACCAUUUACAAUUUUUUCCACCAAAUGUUUCCCAUUUAUCUGGUUUAUGGGAAAAACAAUUUCAAUUGCUAAUGCAGAAUUAUUCAAAUCCGUUUAUUACUGUUACUUAUUUUCACUCACAGACCCUAGCUGAAGAACUUAAAAGAAAUGCAGAUUCCCUCAAACCUCGAUUUAUUCUUGCCUUUUUUAUUUUGCUUUUCUUCUCUGCACUUUGCAAUAUGUCCACAUGCAGGAAAAGUUGGUAUAUUGAUUGGGCUGUCUCUAAACCUGUACUUGCCAUUCUUGGAGUUAUAAAUGCAGGAAUGGGAAUUGUGACAGCAAUCGGUUAUUUAAAUUUAUGUUCAAUGCCGUACAAUGACAUUGUUGGUGUAAUGCCUUUUUUGGUUGUUGCUGUCGGUGUGGACAACAUGUUUUUGAUGAUUGCUGCUAUUCGACGCACCAACCGAGCCUCCUCCGUACAACGCCGAAUGGGUGAAGCUAUGAGCGAUGCUGCUAUUUCAAUGUUUAUCACAGCUCUGACUGAUGCUCUUUCUUUUGGUGUUGGUGCAAUAACAAGCAUUCCAGCUGUACAAAUAUUUUGUAUUUAUACCGGUGUUGCUAUUGCUGUCACUUUUAUUUAUCAGAUUACUUUUUUUGCUGGACUUCUUGCUCUCUCUAUUCAUUGGGAAUCAAAUGGAUUGCAUUGCAUCUUUUUGAGACCAACUGUUCCAGAGGAUAUGGAUGCCCAAUCAUCUUUGAUGACUCGAUUGUUUUGGCUAGGCACUGCUCAUGAUCCAGACCCAAAGAAACUUGAGCUCAAUCUGAGAGAUUCUAAACCUGCUCAUUUCUUUCAAAAUUGGUUUGCCCCAAUCCUUAUGCAGCCAUUAAUUCGUGGAUUAGCCAUUGUCUGGUUUGGUGUUUAUCUUAUUUUUGCCAUCUAUGGUUGUACCCAAUUGCGUGAAGGACUUGAACCAAUAAAUUUGCUAGUUCGUGAUUCUUAUGCAAUUCCUCAUUACCGAGUAUUGGAAAAAUAUUUUUGGCAUUAUGGCGCUAUUGUCCAGGUCGUAGUUAAUAAUGCACCAAAUCUUGGUGAUCCAGAAGAGAGACAGCGAAUUCGUUCAAUGGUUCAUGCAUUUGCUAAUACUCGUCACACAAUUGGGGAUGAUUCUGUUCAAUUUUGGAUGUAUGAAAUGGAAUCGUAUUAUAGCGAUCCAAAACAUGGAAUUGCUGGAGAAGGGUUUGAUAUGUCAAAUGUGACUUCAGAUGAGACUUUUUAUGGGUUGGCUAAGCAUUUCUUUUCGGCAAAACAUACAGAGAAUUGGCCAGAGGAUAUUAAAUGGGGAUGGCUACCAGAGAAAGGAUUUUAUCGAAUAAAUUCAUUUCGUUUCCUUGUUGGAUUACGAGAUAUUUCGACAUCAGUACAACAACAAACUGCAACACAAUUAUUACGUGACGUUGCUGCUCGCUUCCCUCGUUAUAAUAUUACAACUUUUAUGCCUCUUUGGUUAUUUACUGACCAAUAUGCUUUAGUUGUUCCUAAUACUAUUCAAAAUAUUGUUAUUGCAAUGGCUGUAAUGGUUUUUAUUGCUUUAUUGUUAAUUCCACAACCAUCUUGUGCUUUUUGGGUUGCUUUGGCUAUAGCUAGUAUUGAUAUUGGGGUUAUUGGUUUUAUGACUUUAUGGAGUGUAAAUUUGGAUGCCAUUUCAAUGAUUACAAUAAUUAUGUCCAUAGGAUUUUCUGUUGAUUAUUCAGCACAUAUAACUUACGGUUAUGUAUGUUCGACACGGUCUACGCCACGUGAAAAAAUUCGGGAAGCGUUGGGAGCUUUGGGUUGGCCACUUACUCAAGGGGCUAUUUCUACAAUAUUGGCAGUUGCGGUUUUGGCAGAUGUUCCCGCUUAUAUGAUUGUUACUUUCUUUAAGACCGUUUUUCUCGCAAUAACAUUGGGACUACUUCAUGGACUUGUUUUCCUUCCGGUUGCUUUGGUGCUUUUUGUACGUGGAUGUUGCACUGGUAACACUCAUGUUAUUCAAGUAAAUUGA